AAAGCAAUGUCCAGAUCAGCUGUUAAACAGAUCAGAGGUAUCAUCUUUGAUAUGGACGGCACCUUGUGCUUACCUCAGGUACGUACAUAACGCUCAAAUCGCACAUUCCCUUGACCAGCUCCUAACACUUAUUUAGGCGUGGAUGUACGAGGAAUUUAGAACCACGCUAGGCUUGGCGCCCGAUUCCAAGACAGACAUCUUACAUCACAUCGCAGCUCUUUCGCCGGCAGAGCAGGAGCAGGCGCACCACAAGAUCGAGGCAGUGGAAGUGAAGGCCAUGACCCAGAUGCAGCCACAACCAGGUUUAUCCGAUAUUAUGGCCUAUAUCACCAAGAAUAAUCUUCCACGGGCCAUCGUCACGAGAAAUAAGAUGGUCCCUGUCAAUCACCUCAUGUCGCAGUUUAUGGAAUCGCACCAUGUGUUUGAUCCGAUCAUCACGCGGGACUUUCUUCCGACAAAGCCAGAUCCGGCACCUUUGUUACAUGUGAUCCACGAGAGAUGGGCCGAGAGGAUUGACCCUGAAGAUGUCAUGAUGGUGGGCGAUUCGAUCGAUGACAUGCAGGCUGGGGCUAGUGCGGGGUGUGUCACGGUGUUGGUGGCGCACGAGAAGAACGGGUACUUAAGAGACAGAGACAUAGUGGACUACGUGGUGAAGGAUUUGGGAGAGAUUGUCGGGUUGCUUGAAUCAGGGGUGACUAGCAAGGUUAGAUGAAGGGGAUAUGGCUCGUAAUUUGGUUCUAGAAAGGUCUGCAGCUGAACUGUGCCAUACUCUAAUACAGAAGUGUCCAUAAUAGGGAUUAUUCAGCACUAUAUUGUUCACGGUAUGGUGUAUGUAAUUGAGACAUUUGUACGCAAAAUUUUGGAUGAGUAGAUUUAUCUUCAGAGAUGCCCGCGUCAGGGUAUUUGGUAGGUCUGAGCUCUGAUGGUAUCUAGAUUGAAGUACCUAGUUUGUUAUGUUUCCGCUUUAGGGUUAGCACAUGGGUUGCCAGUAUAGACUUUAGGACAAAAAUUAAGCGCCGAGCCAGAUAAUCACCCCGGCUAGCCGGUAAAAUGGUUUAGAAUUUGGACAAAUUAGAGAGCGUU